GCUAUACAAAUAAACGAAUUUAUUAUGUAACUUUAUAAGUGCCAACAAGCCGGCGUUUUAUGAAACUUUGUUUGACCUUCAGAAAAAGACAGAAAAACUUAAUGGUUUUCGGACGUAUUGGAAUAUUUUUAAACAAACAAUUAUUCGUAAAAUAUAACCAAGAAUUGGUGAAAAGCGUUAUUUGUGUACAACAAAGAAACAUAAGCUGUAAAACAAUGUCAAAGUCAGCGCUGGUGAUUGUGGCUCAGGGCAGCGAGGAGAUGGAAACCAUCAUAACUGUAGACAUGCUGCGAAGAGGCGGUGUGACAGUAACAUUAGCCGGUCUUGAUGGUUGUGACCCAGUACUCUGCUCCAGGCAAGUCACUCUAGUUCCCGACAAGUCUUUGGCAGAUGCUCUCGCUGAGAAACCACAAUAUGAUGCUGUAAUCCUCCCCGGUGGUCUGGAGGGAUCAGAGCGCUUCUCCAAGUCCGAGGUCGUCGGCACUCUGUUAAAGGAACACGAGAAAUCUGGCAAAAUCAUAGCUGCUAUUUGUGCUGCACCCACAGCAUUCGUAGCGCACGGCGUGGCUCAGAACAAGCGUGUGACGUCAUAUCCGACUACCAAAGACAAGAUCACAUCAGGUUACACCUAUGUGGAAGGCGAGAGGGUGGUUGUCGAUGGCAAUGUUAUUACUAGCAGGGGUCCUGGCACAGCCUACUGGUUCGGAUUGACCCUCAUUGAACAGCUGACAGGCAAAGAAGCCGCUGACAAAGUUGAGAAAGGCAUGAUCAUCACUGGUUACUAAGAUCGUCAUUAUUAGUCCACGGUUGCCCACUGCUGGGACUAGACCCUUAUUCCUUUGAUAUGGAUUCUAUGAAAGCAUUGAGCAGAAAGCCAAUUUGUUCCUAAUGAUUUUUUGGUUGCCGUCAAAUUUCAACGUGAUAUGGGUUGCCGCGAUAACCUUGACUAAAGACAUUUGAAUAUAGACUUUAACGUUGUUGUUCUAAAGCUCAUAAUCGCUUGACCAUUAGGUACCAAUAGUAAUUUUGAUCGUGGCAACCACUAACUCUCAAAAUAUUCUACGGACAAAUUGUAUUUCAUUCUCAGUGACUAUAUUGGCUAAAAGCUUGGGGACAUUGAAAUAAAACUUGUAUAUCGUUUUAUGGCUUGUAAAUUUU